UAAUCAAGAAGAACCCUCUAAUUAUCCUUCUUCUUCCUCAUCGUACCAACGGCCCAGAUUACUUCUGUGCAUUGCCCGUCCGUUUGGGAGAGUAGCCGACAAAAUGGUGGUCGUGUCAAAUUCUAGCUCUCAUAAGGAGAUCUCUAUUAGGCGAAGAAUUUCUAACAUAUUCAAUAAAAGAGAAGAUGAUUUUCCAUCUUUGAAGGAAUAUAAUGAUUACUUGGAAGAAGUGGAGGAUAUGAUAUUCAAUUUAGUUGCUGGAGUGGAUGUAGCUGCUAUUGAAGAAAAAAUUGCAGAGUAUCAGAAAGAAAAUGCUGAACAGAUAAUGAUCAAUCAAGCGCGGAAGGCUGAAGAACUAGCUGCAGCUGUGGCGGCAAGUAAAGGACAUUUGGCACCGACUGAUACUGAUAUGAACCCUCAAGCUGGCAUUGCGAUUGAACCAGGGCAAUAUGCACCGUCAGUUGCUGGAGGGCAACCGCGACCAACAGGCAUGGCUCCACAACCAGUGCCUCUUGGAGGACUAGAUAUGCAGGGUUAUCCUUUUGAUGAUGAGGAGAUGAUGAGGCUCCGAGCAGAGAGAGGGAGCAGGGCUGGCGGGUGGAGCGCAGAACUAAGCAGGAAGAGAUCACUUGAGGAAGCCUUUUCAAGCAUUUGGAUCUAGUUUUGUAUCAAAUAUCAAGCUCUAGUUGUAUCUAAUAUCGGUUAGUUUGCAUCCAUGUCCUCUAGAGAAGAGAUGUGUUUCAUAUGUUCUGAUACUCUGGAGGUGAAUGUAAAAUAUGUCUAUAAUUAGCCGAACUCAGAGUUCCAAAUUAUGCAGAUCUUCAGGCAUUGAAUC